UUGACAGUUCUAUAUUUUAGCCAUUUGGCAUAUUGCGUGCGUUUCUAAACUCGGCUAUUCAAAAGAAUAAUUAAUUCAAUAAUAGGGAAAGUAAUUCAAUUGUAAUGGUUACACAAGAAUUUCAAGCUGUGGUCCUAGCGGCUGGACGUGGUACACGUCUGCCUGAAGUGCUGGCAGAUUCGCCAAAAUGUUUGUUGCCGAUUGGCCCAUACCCAUUGCUAUGGUAUCCAUUGAAUAUGCUACAACAACAUAACUUUCAAGAUGCAAUUGUUGUGGUUUUGGAAAAUGAGCGUUCGGAGAUACAACAAGCGAUAGAAAGAACACCACUCAAAAUUAAAAUAGAUUUUGUAGCUAUCGAUAGUGACAGUGAUUUUGGCACCGCCGAUAGCUUGCGGAUAAUACAUGAUAAAAUUAAGUCUGAUUUUUUGGUAUUAUCCUGCGAUAUUGUCUCAAAUGUUAGUUUGUAUCCCCUAAUAAACAAAUUUCGGCAACACGAUGCAGCCUUGACUGCCUUACUAUUCAAAAGCGGAUUUGAGUCAGAUGUAACAUUGCCCGGACCGAAAACAAAGCAUAAACCUGAACGUGAUCUUAUAGGUAUUCAUCCUGAUUCUAACCGUUUGCUAUUUCUUGCUUCAACAAGCGAUUUUGAAGAAGUAAUGAGUGUAAACGCUCAUUUGUUGCGUAAGAAUGGAAAAAUUACUAUAUUCUCUAGAUUGGUUGAUUCUCAUAUAUAUGUUAUGAAAAAAUGGACUAUCGACUUUCUGCUGAAGAAAGAAAACUUUUCAACACUUAAAGGAGAAUUUUUACCAUAUCUUAUUAAAAAACAAAUGUCUAAAAAGUCGGGAAGCUCAGCUGCACCUCCAGAUAUGCACUCGGAAGUGGGGGUUAACAUAAAAUUAGAAAAUGAUAUAUUUCAUUAUGCUUCGAACACACAACUUGAACAACGCAUACAGAAAGCUACACUCUUUAAUGAUUCUCGCAUCAAGGAACCAUACAAUGGUGAUUUAAUUCGCUGUUAUGCUGUUGUGGCACCUAAAGAAAGUCUUGGUGUGCGUGUGAACACUACGCUAAGCUUUUUUGCCAUUAAUCAAAAGAUUUCCAAUAUUUGGCCAAAAAUUUUCAACGAUCAGGAACACGCACUAAUUUCAUCAAAUGCCGUCAUAAACUCAACUCAAACAAAGGAAAUCGCAGUUGGAGAUAGUGCAAAGUUGUCAGAGAAAACAUCACUUAACUUCAGUGUGUUUGGUGCUAAUUGCACCAUCAACCCAAAAAAUAUUGUUAACAAAUCUAUAAUAAUGACAAGUGCUAUUAUUGAAGAAGGUUGUAAUAUCGAUAAUUGCAUUGUUGGGAGCAGAGCAGUGGUUAAACGAGGUUGUGUAUUGAAAAACUGUUUAAUUGGACCAAGUUACGCAGUAGAAGAGGGCACGAAGAGGGAGAAUCAACAUUUAACAAAUGCUGAUGGAUUUAUGGAGAUUGAUAUACAAUAAAAAUUGAGAUUUUCUAUAUAAUGUAUAUGUUUUUUAUUCAAGUUUAAUUUACGAGGACUUGAAGGAGUGCAGUAUAAAUUCGUUUUGGGGAAAAUUCCAUCAAACGUACAGACUAAUAUACAUACAUAUAUGCAAGAAAAUUAAAUAAAAAUCUAUGUUUGAAAAUAUUCCUGA